AUGUGGAGUGCGUUGCUUCAACGUGCGCCAGCACGCAAGACGGUGUAUCUUUGUGGUGCUGCUGUUAUAUCGAUGCUGGCGAUGGCUCUUCACACGUUCCGUUUUGUGGCAUCCCAAGACCUGGGCCGGACUCCGCGACCCGAGAAGGCAGCUCCUGUUUCGUUAACGCACGGGGCAACGCCGCCGGCUUCACUGCCGAGCGGGCUUGCAGCAUCGGAGUUGCCGCCCGCCUCUCGAUGGAGCGGGCGUUCGAGGUCAGCUGUAGCGGUCUUCGUGCAGAUGGCGAACCAUUCUCACUGGUCUCAUCUUCGGGAGUGCGUCGCAAACGUGCUGGACGGUGCUCGUCCCAUCUCUCAGCGAGGGGCUCAAUUGACACGGAACGUGGAUGUGUACAUCGGGUUGUUGGCCGGCAAUUCCAGCAUCGAGGAAGAUGCCCAUUUGCUUGUUCGCAGGCGGAACGUGGGGGGAGAGUACCAGGCGCGAUUGGUGAUUAACAGCACCCUCGUAAACAAGGCCGCUGACGUGGGCUUGUUUCUUCAACAGAUUCAGCAAGUGCGCGAUCCCUCGCAAUACGAGAUUCUGCUCAAAGUGCAUAGCAAAGGCAGGCAUGAAUGGCGGUGCCAGAUGUUAACGUCCCUUUGCGGAAGCACAGAGCAGGUGAAGCAGGUAUUCGACCGUUUCGACCAUCAACGAGAGUUGGGCCUGAUGGGACCUUGGUCCCUCACAUGGGGGUACGACGACAUGGCCAAUCUUACCAAAGUUGAGCAGUCGUAUGACCACCUGUCCUGCUACGCAUUUCUCAACGUCUCGAGGGAUGGGAAGCCUGGCCCGUUGGCACACAUGCGAGACGUCUGGGACUUCAUGUUUGACCACGGCGCUGCCCUCCCCCCCCGCGACAAGUGGCUCGUGGCUGCGGGGAGCGCGUACUGGGCGCGCUCCGCACCGCUGCUCCAGAACCCGCGCCUCGACCGCGCCGUCUCUCGGUGGCUGCCCCUCUGGGAGCCUGGCUACAACUCCAGCUGCCGUGCGAGAGCUUGCCGGGAUGCAUUUGGACUGGAGCGGGUCUUGCCAACAAUCAUGAUAUCGAAUACGGGCUGUCUGCCGAGGAGGCCCCGAACAGGUACGUGCAGAACGUCAAGAACAAUCACUGUUGUCGACGCUUGGACUGCAUGUCGACAUGUGCAUACGCACUACCUGGAAAAGGUCAAGCGGCAUGGGAUGCGAGAAGAGAAGCACGGGACGCGGAGGAGGCGAGAUGAUGAUGAUAGGAGGCCAGGACGGGGUGGGGGGCUGCUCCCGAGAUGA